GUUAGGACAUAUUAAGCGGGUGCUACAGUAAUCUGGGUGACCGGCGUUGUGAAAUCUAUUUCCGUUAUGAUUAUAGUUCGGAGAUUCUCUACACUGGCUGCGGGGAAUCCUCUUCCACAAUAAAUACAGAAACUAAGAAAUGUAUUGAAGUUGGAGCGGCUUUUUCAGUCAGUCUGCAAAGUACAACCGAGAAAGAGAGAGAGAGAGACAGAGAGAGAGAGACAGCCAUGAGGAAAGGGGGCUUCAGCUCAAAGCUCAAGCUUACUAUUCCGUCCGAUGAAACUCCGGUCACUGGAUUCUUAACUCAAAGCGGCACGUUCAAAGAUGGGGAUCUGCUAGUCAACAAAGAUGGAGUUCGAAUUCUCUCUCGAAACGAGGAUGUACCGCCAACCCUUAUAAAGGCAUCAGACAACCAAUUGACCUUAGCUGACAUUGAUGUAAUUAAAGUGAUUGGAAGGGGUAAUGGAGGGAUUGUGCAGCUUGUGCAACACAAGUGGACUGGCCAAUUUUUUGCUCUGAAGGUUAUACCAAUGAAUAUCCAGGAGCCUAUUCGCAAACAGAUUGCACAGGAAUUGAAGAUUAAUCAGUCAGCCCAGUGUCCAUAUGUUGUCGUAUGUUACCAGUCAUUCUAUGACAAUGGUGUGAUAUCAAUUGUUUUGGAAUACAUGGAUGGUGGUUCUCUUGCAGAUUUUCUAAAGAAAGUCAAAACAAUUCCAGAGUCAUAUCUUGCUGCCAUCAGUAAGCAGGUGCUGAUUGGUUUGUUCUAUCUUCAUCAUGACAAGCAUAUAAUUCAUAGGGACUUGAAACCUUCUAAUUUGCUAAUAAAUCAUAUGGGAGCAGUCAAGAUAACUGAUUUUGGUGUGAGUACCAUAAAGGAAAGCACCUCUGGCCAGGCAAAUACCUUUGUUGGCACUUACAACUAUAUGUCUCCAGAGAGAAUCAGUGGAGGUGUAUACAGCUACAAAAGUGAUAUUUGGAGCUUGGGAUUAGUUUUACUAGAGUGUGCAACAGGAAAAUUUCCAUAUUCCUCUCCAGAAGAUGAAGGAUGGGAUAACUUUUAUGAGCUUAUGGAAGCAAUUGUGGACCAACCAGCACCUUGUGCACCUUCUGAUCAGUUUUCUCCAGAGUUCUGCUCUUUUAUUUCGGCAUGUGUACGGAAAGACCCAAAAGAUAGACAGUCAGCACGUGAACUAAUGGAACAUCCUUUCAUCAGCAUGUAUGAAGACUUAAAUACUGAUCUUGCUGCUUACUUCACCAAUGCUGGGUCUCCCCUUGCGACAUUUUGAUCAUUUUCUUUCUGAUUGUGAGUGUGCUGCUGCGGCAGGUAUGGGAGUGUUGAAUAAAAUGGGGAAAGAAUUACCUAGUCAAAAGAAAGAAUGGGUUCAGUUUCUUGAGUACCAGCAAGAUAUGAGAAUUCAAUGUCUGAAAAUUGAAGUUAGCAGGACUGGUGGACUAAAAUUGAAGUUAGCAAGGACUGGUGGACAUCUUUCAAAUGAAUCCGAAGCUAUUACUUGAAAGUUCAUUAUUUGUAUUUUAUAUCUGAAAAGGUUCAAGCAUAUAUGCUAUCUUGUGAACCUGGAAUCCAUGCAAUUGAGUGAGGUUGAGUCAUCCACAUGGUACCCAAGAAUCAUAUUCCUGGUAUUAAAGUUUGCUGGAUGACUUUUCUCAGUA